AGUACUCACGAAUAAUUCCUUCUACACAUAAACAGACAUUAUAAACAACUUAGAAAUUGUUCUGAGUGAUCAGACCACAAAUCUUUUAGUUAUUCGUCGACAAUCAUAGCUUUAUGGCAUGAUAAUGCUAGGUGCACAAAACUUCGCAAGUAUCGGAUCACCACGAAUCCUGAUUCGCCAUGGGUAGGGGAAAGAAAUAAGCUCUUAAAGUUAAUCAGGGUUUUAGCUUGUCGGUGCUAAGGCUUUGACGGGUUAAUAACGUUUAUUUAUUGACCCCCACACAUUAAGUGAAGUGAAGACUCCGGAAAUAAAUCCAUUCAAAGAACGAGGAAAAAUUCAUUCUUGAUUGUAGUAGUGUUGUUACGCUGAUAGUUACUUAGAAUGCAUAACUGACAAGAUCGUGAAAUAUUUUAUUCAUGAUCCAUCUUAUGUCCAUCUCGAGGUUUCUAACGAGUGAGCCGAUUAAGGAGAAGGUGAUACUAGGUGAACUUAUCGGGGCGCUUUGUCUAGUUGCAAGGUCGGUGGUUGUCAGUCAUUCACUUCCUUAGCGAGGUUCUUCCAAUGCGAAAGUUUUACUUCAGUCAGAAACCCCGGAAGUCAGUUUGCUUCGGUUGCGUGUUCGCCUUCUUGACCUUCCCGCUGUCUGCUAAAACCCGCUGACACUGACCACAGUUCCUUGCGGCAGCUCAGUCCCUCACGAAUAUGAGUCACACACCCGCGGUCACACAGUUCAUCUUGUCUACGUAGUUUGCUACAUUCAUGAAAUUUCGGUUUUCCGAACCUUACUUCAAGCUGUCUUUUCUUCUUUCUCCUUACACAGAUAAACUUGAACCACUCUUUUCUGUCCCACUUUACGUUCGUCAAUCAUCCACAUCGGUUUGACAUCAUAAUGCCUCCUCGGGUCCUGACUUUUACUUAAAGAUCAAUAAACCAAGCAUUCCAAAUUACAAAUGUAGCUCUCUAGGUGUAUUGAAAUUUGAACCCCCAUCGUUUUUCUCGACGUCUAUAAUGUACAGUGCUGUUGGAUCUGGUCAAAAAGUUAACAUGCAAUAUAGACUACUAAAAGGUGGUUUUGAAGAGUUUUGACAAAACAAGAUUCCUGUAGUCCAGUCCUGACCCUCUCUCUGUCACGCAACGCUACUCAGAGAGGGCCAGAACUGAAAUAAGAUUCCCUGUGAUAGAAAAACGUGACAUCCCAGUAUGAUUUAACUUAUAUUCAAUUAAAUUGCUCAAACGAAGUCAAACGUAAGCUUUGACUCUUUCUCUGGAGGGCUGAUGUGGCUUCCUCUUUAGCCUGCGUGGAAGACCGUAGAAAGGGAGGGAAAGGGCGGGAGGAUCGAGCACUACCAUCACGCGCUUGGCACGUUCGAUCCUUCCGCGCUUCGCGCGCUCGUUUUUUCCACUUUCCCUCCCCUUCGGACGCCUAUCACGUAGGCUACUUUCUCUUUAAAGAUUGUAAUUCAUUCGCUCAUGUUUAUUUUUGUUCUCUUUCUUCCGUAGUUCGUCCAAGAAUGGCGGAUCACAUCAGACGAGUCCUCACGGGAGAUGUGACAGAUCUACCGCGAAAAGAAUCAAACAUAGUUCGGAUAUUCACCAGCUCAACAUUCACGGAUACCACGGAGGAGAGGAAUCGUCUCAUGCGGGAUGUUUAUCCGAACCUGCGGACUUACUGUCAGCAGCGAGGAUUGGAAUUUCAAGUAGUUGACAUGAGGUGGGGUGUGCGAGAUGAAGCCACCGCUGACCACAAAACCAACGAAUUGUGUACGCAGGAGAUUAAGAACUGCCAGAGGCUUACACCUGGUCCAAACUUUGUGUGUCUUCUGGGAGAUAAGUAUGGCUACCGUCCGUUUCCGUACAAAAUCAAAGCAACAGAGUUUGAGAUGUUGUUAGAAGUGGCUCAAGAAACCUACGAUCAACCUGAACAUAUCGCUUUACUCAAAGAAUGGUUCUGGAAGGACACGAACGCCAUCCCGGCGGAAUACGUUCUUCAGCCGGUAACAUACCGUUUUCCUCACUACAAUGAUUUAAGUGAGGACAAAAGAGAGUUAAACAAACAAGAAAGAGAACAGUGGUGGCAGAUCUUCCAGUCAUUCCAAAGACUUUUCAAGAGGACAGCGAAGAUCGCUACUGAACAGUGCAAGAUUACAUUAGAGCAAGCACACAAGUAUUUUUCCUCAGUGACUGAGGAAGAAGUUGAGCAUGGUAUUCUUGGCUCUCCAAAUCCUGGCGCCCAAUCCCUCUGCUACGUACGUCACAUCUCGGACAUCGAAGUAAAACUCAGCGACAAAAACUCCCGACAUUUUACCGACAUUUCUCAAGGAAAACACGACAUGGAAGCCCAAGACCUAUUGAGCAAACUGAAACGUGACCGUGUGCUUCAGAGUCUUGGGGAAAACAACAUCACUCGCUUUGAGAUCCCGUGGAGCGAUGGGGGAAUAAACGUGUCCGACAGAUUGCACGAAGAAUACUUGAACAAUUUCUGCCACAAGUUCGAGUCGGACGUGCAGAGAUUGAUUGACAAAAGCUUGCAGCAUACUGUGAAAGAAAAGGCGAAGGAAGGCAGUCUGUAUAAAGAAGUUCUUCACCAUUUAUGGUUUUGCCAAGACAAGUGCGAAGCAUUUCGUGGUCGUGAAGACAUUUUAGAGAAGAUACAAACUUUCUUAAAAGAUUUCAAUAGGUCAGAGCCGAUGGUCAUUUAUGGCUCGUCAGGCUCCGGCAAAACUUCCGUAAUGGCUGCUGUUGCCAAGUCAGCAAGACAAUGGCUCGGAGAAGGUACCGUGUGCAUCUCUCGUUUCCUCGGUACCUCCCCCGAGAGUUCAUCGAUUCGAUCGACAAUUGCCAGCAUUUGCCUUCAGAUAUGUGAAGUAUACAGCAUGGAUGCACCAAAAGCUGACAUUCUGGAGGAGUAUUCUCAACUAAUUCGAUUUUUCCACGCCCUGAUUGCCAGUUUGCCUGUCAGCAAUGUGAGACCAUUAGCCAUUAUUUUGGAUUCGGUGGACCAAUUAUCCCCAACUAACAAUGCACACCUAAUGAACUGGCUUCCUAAAAAAUGUCCACCGUUUAUCAAGAUUGCCAUUUCGGUGUUACCGAAUUAUCACGACAUUCUGACGAAUUUACGCCGAAGUCUUCCCAUCGAGAGCGCGUACAUCGAAGUACCCAUGCUGACCAUUGAGAUGGGAAAGGAAAUUUUAGACGCCUGGCUUCAAGGACUCGGACGAACCUUGACAGAGGAACAAUUCGAACUGGUUUUAUGUAGAUUCACUCAAUGCCCCCAGCCAUUGUUUCUAAAGCUGAUAUUCACGGAAGCAUCGAGAUGGGAGUCCUACACAAAUGUCCGUGGGCUCGACCUCGGAAGUGACGUUCCCCAAGCUAUACGCCUCCUGUUCCAACGCUUGGAACGAAAGCAUGGGAAAACACUUACAUCCCGUGCUCUCGGCUAUAUCACCGCUGGUAGAAAUGGCCUCACAGAAAACGAGCUCGAAGAUGCCCUGUCACUUGACGAUGACGUUAUCGACGACGUGUACCAGUAUUGGGAUCCUCCAGUUGAGGGUGUCGUUCGCUUGCCUAACUUACUGUGGGCACGUAUUCGGCAUGACAUAGACGAGUUCCUGGCCGAGCGACAGGCGAAUGGGAAGACCGUAAUUGCCUGGUAUCACCGUCAAUUCUGGGAGGCUGCGCAAACACAGUACUUUUCAGAUCCCAAUGAAAAGCAGUCCAGGCAUUCUUUACUCUCCGAAUAUUUUCAAGGCAAAUGGGGUGGAGGACGCAAGAAGCACAUCACUCUAACUCGUCGAAAGAAAACGCUAGCAGACGCAGACCGACAAGUUUCCAGUCAGCCUCUGAUGUUCAGUAAGCGUGUAUUUAACUUGAGGAAGCUCAGCGAGAUGCCGUUUCACCUUAUUCACUCUGGGCACGCCGACAGACUGGCCAGGAAGGUAUUGUUUAAUUUCGAGUGGAUCUACGGGAAAGUUCGCGGCCAGUCGUUAAAUGAAGUUUUAGAGGACUAUUCUCUUGCUUUGGAAGUGAGACCAGAUCUGGAUGUGAGGCUGAUCUGCGACACUCUCAUCCUCGCUUCGAGUAACAUCAAACAUGAUGUGGACUGCCUGGCCACUCAACUCCUGGGAAGACUUCUCGCCUUCAGGGAGCAGUUUCCACGGAUUGACGGCCUCAUUACACAGUGCUAUCGAUGGUGUUAUGCCCAGCAAUCUCCUCUCUUUAUUCCUCAAUCAGCUUGUCUAAUCUCUGCUGGCGGACCGCUGAAAACCAAUCUUCGAGGGCACGAGCAGCGAGUCAACGAGAUCGCAGUCACAAAUGAUGAUAAAUUCAUUGUCACCUCGGGCGAAGACUCUCGCAUUAACGUGUGGAACAGCACUAAUUUGGACUGCCUGCACACCCUGAAGAUGGUCGACAUGGGACCCAGCUGUCUUGCUUUGACGCCAGAUGACAAUUACGUCAUUGGUUCCGCCAAGUCAAGCGUAGAAGUGUGGGACAUCGAUUCUGGAGAAGUCGUACAGCGGUUUGACAAUGAUGGGGUGGUCACGUGCUUGGCCACUACUUCUGAUGGGGCUCGUGUUGUGACUGGCGGAGAAGAUGGUGUCGCUCGGGUGUGGCACACAGUAAGCGGAGAAAAAGAGAAAACACUGAGUGGGCACGAAGGACCAAUCAACGCCGUCGUUGUAUCUCCGAGCGGUGACGUAAUCACCGGCUCUAAGGACAGCACGGUCCGCGUGUGGUCGCUAACUACGGAAGAAUGCCAAGCUGUGUACGAGGGCCAUGCUAGUUCUGUUUUGUGCCUGGAAUUGACACGAGACGGCGAGAGUGUGAUAUCAGGCUCGGAAGACAAGACUGUCAAAGCCUGGCAUCUAAAGACAAAGAACUGUGCUACACUCAAAGGCCAUGGAGGUCUGAUCAAAUGUUUGGCGGCUUUGAAUGACGGUCGAAGAAUUGUGUCUGGAUCAAAAGACCAGUCGCUGAAGAUCUGGGACCUCAUCUCUCUUCAAUGCUGCGUGACUCUAAAAGGUCACACAGACCUUAUUUGGCGCGUUGCCGUUGCCUCAAACGACAGUUUUAUUGUGUCUGCCUCAAAAGAUGACAUGUUAAAAGUCUGGGAUCCAGUCACAGGUCAAUGUCAGCAGACCUUAAUUGGCCACUCAUCGUGGAUCUCUUGCGUUUCCAUAACAACGGAUUGCAAAACGAUCAUUUCUGGUUCAAAUGACAAAAACGUCAAGCUCUGGAACGCCACUGGAAAUGAGCAUGCUCAGAGCAUCUCAACACCGAGUGAUCACAUCCUCCAUCAUGCUACACAGCCUAAUUGUGUCGCCAUAACAACGGACGGGCGCUGGGGCCUCUCUGGAUCAAAAAGCGAUUCUUUGAAACUGUGGGACAUCGCUAGCGCGAAAUGCGUCAAAAGUAGCCCUGGCUCAAUUGCGUACAUUGCUGCCAUGCACAGAUCCCCCCAAGUGGUAACUGGUUCACACAAUGGCGACAUUACUAUGUGGAAUUGCGACAGUUUGGAGGUGCAGCAGACUGUUAAAGCUCACCAAGGUAGUGUAAUGUCGCUGCAAGUCUCUAAAGAUGACAGUUUUAUUGUCUCUGCAUCAAAUGACAAGACAGUUGGGUUGUACCAUAUUCACGAAGGUCAGGUAGUACAGCUUGUUGGCCAUACCGAUGCAGCUGUCUGCAUGUCUCUUAUGAAGGGAGAAAAUCUUGCGAUCUCAGGUUCUAAAGAUAAAACUGUUCGACUGUGGAACCUGCAGACGAAGAGCUGCGAGAGGAUAUUUGAAGGACACACUGGAGUUGUUGAAUGCCUGGCAUCAACUAGCGACAAUAAAACUAUAGUGUCGGGCUCGGGAGACUUCACACUUAAAAUCUGGAAUAUUGAAAAAGGCGACUGCCUGUUCACUUUAAAAGGACACAACGACUCGAUAAAAUGUAUAGGAAUAACCGAUGACAACCAGUUUGCGAUUGCUGGUUCUCAUGAAGGAAAGGACCAACUCCUGCUAUGGAACCUAAAGGAUGGGAACUGCGCUCGCAAGCUCACCGGUCACACCCACGCAGUGAUGCGCCUCAAGGUCCUUCCAAAUAACAUGAUGGUCACAAGCUCACGUGACGGGACCAUAAAACUGUGGAACAUUCAAAGUGGAGAGCUCAUCAACUCUUUUGAUUUUCAGUCCCAAGUCAAGUACUUUGACGUCCACCGGGCUGAUGACGGUUAUUCGGUGAUUCUGGUCACCAAAUCUGGGACAGUGUCCAUUCUGAAACUUCCUAUCUCCAACAAGGAAACCGAGGAAAGUUUCUCAUCAAUUAAGAAUUCUACUCCCGAGAAUGUAGAAAGCUCUGCUGCCAAAGCAACACCUACACAAAGUGGUUGCUGUGCCAGUUAUCGCUGCUGUAGGUGCUGCCAAAAAUGCACUGUGUUUUGACUAAAAGACUACUACACAAACUGGUUAAUGGAUAUCAAGGGAAAAAGCUCUUCUGAUGAAAUGAUUCGUUCGAGAUUGAGUUUUAUCAGCAAAAUAUUUUGCUUCAAUUUAAACUAAGUAUUUCAAACAGUUCUACAAGUACCGUUUUUGCUUUUUAAACUGCAUAAAGGUGUUUUAAGUAUUCUUUUGGCACAAGAUUGUUAGCAGGAAUUUGUUAACAAAAGUAGCAUAAUAACAGACUGCAAAAAUUACUUCGGAUUUAUAUGCUGAAAACUAAAUCAGCUGCAUUU